GGAGGGAAAGAGAACGGGGAUAGAGAGUGACGGAGUGAUAGAGUUGGAGCGGGAGACGCGGAUCAGGGCGAGGGAAUUUCUCUCGCAUUCCGGGCGCUGCGUGGCUCGCUUCAUUCCAAGGGAGAUAAAUCAAAGACAUUGUUGGAGCAUUGUUAAUCACCGUGUAACACGUGCACGGCUUCAGUGAGGUGAGAAGGUAGACAACGAGACAUCUCAUAGCUGGUUACUUCUUCGGCAAUUCGGAGGUAGCGUGAAGCUACCGUUGAGGCAGGUCGGAACUGCGGAAUUCACACCGCGGCUAAAAAUGCAGGCUUCCGUGUUCAGUACCCUCGAAGCGGUUUCCGUUUGUUGAAGAAAACACACGUCGAAAUGAAACUGGUGUAAAAGAAUUGACACAGUAUUAAGUGAGAUACGAACAAACGAGCAGUUGCAGGCGAAGCAAAGGUUGAGAAGAAUCGAAAUCUGAAAAUGGGCCAGGCGUGGUGCAAGGAGAGGACCACUAAGGCCCAGGACUCAAAGUCACCGUUGGAUAGAGUUUUCGUUAGAUGCGCUCAUCAGAUUUAUCCAUCUUUAAAACAAGAUGGCUCGGUAUUGGGCGGUGCGACGCAACGAGUCACUAGCUCGGAGAUCGGGUACGCGGGCUCGCCCCCCAGGGAGGCCUUGACUCGGGGUCAGAGCGUGGAUUCCAUCGAUAGGCCCUUCCAUCCUAGCGAGUGGGUCGACGUCAACUUGGAAGUGCCGAGUACUCCGAGUUCCGUAAUUACGAACCUAACCGCAAACACGAGCGUCUACCCCACGACGACGCUGUCGUCGACAGUCUCGAAUUUGAAGCAUAAUAUUACGCCGAUCCCACCACCCAGGCGUAGACGAAAGAAUCAUGGACGUCCGCUACCCCCGAAACCUGAUGAGGUUAUCGUUGAGACGCACAAAAAUGGAAAGAUGAAGAAAGUAGAGCCGCUUUACUCAUCGGUAAAGUCACCGAAGGAAAGAGAGGCUUUAAAAAGUAAAGAGAAAAUUCUUGGAGCAUCAGAUGACGGCAAUUCGUCCUCGUUAACGACCCGGGAAGAGUCGAAGAAUACAAGUAAUAACAAUGGCGAAAGUGAUCUGAAGAAUGACAACGACGAAGAGAAGGGAAAUAGGAUAAACGAUCGUAAGGCGAAUCCCGAGUCCAAGGAGGUCGAUACCAAGAGGAUUUCAGAAAGUACGGGGGCAGAGCCCGAGGACAGGAAAGCAGCCGAAGAGCUUGAUAACGAGGGGGAGCACAAGAGCAACAAUUACCGUAAAAACGACGGUGGCAUCAAGGUGGGAGAGGAUGUUAACGGGAAGCGGGAAAACUCGGAUGAGGAGUAUGAGAAAUUUUCAAAGAGCAGAGAGAUGAAAAGCUCGUCAACUCCAAUCGGAUCGCACAAAGAAACUGAGAAAGAAUCAAAUCGCCACGGUAGAAAUUUCCGGGAAUUUGUAACACAGCCAACAGUCGACGAGGAUGAUAUUAUGAACGUAGUUUAUCACAGGCCAAAAAACUACAGCACUGUCAGCCUCCCGAACUACGACGAGCUUGAGGUGGUGAAGAAGGAGGUCGAAAAAAAUUCGGAAGAGGACGCCACUCCCAAUUUGGUCACUCCGAAGAAGCCUGACCGAACGAGGAACGUGAGCACGAUGUCCCUUCCGAUUGCUGAAACUGUCUCGUCUCUGCCUCAGGAGGUAACGGAACGCCUCGAGAAGUACAUGACCAGGUGCCGCAGUUUCGGAAGUCUCCAGCCUCAGGAGAUACUUGAAAAGCUGACGGCUCAAGGCGAACAGAAUGAGAGCUCCGAGGAGGAUGACUGGGAUGGACUCGAUGACUGGGAUCUGGGAACCGUGGAGUACCAUGAUCCCAGCGACGAACGGCCUCCUUGGGAGCCGAGGUCUCGGUUGGAUAAGAGGAAGGCUAUCACACCGAAGUUUACAGUAGGUGGCAGCGAGGUUGUCGCGACAAAGAAGGUGGAAGCCCGGGCGACGACAGCAGUCGAUGUUGAUAAGCAGUCCGAUUUGUUGGCGGUAAAGAAUGAGACCAUUAGGACUCCGAAGUUGGACGAGAAACCAUCGGCCAUUCCCCGAAACGCCUCGUUCGAGAUACCGAAGUCACCGAACUCGUUGAAGUCCGCACUCAAGGCCGAGGCAAGCAGGAAGAUUUCGAUGCCGGCGAAGCUCUCGUCCGAAGAACCAAGCAGCCCCCUUGAAGACUGGUUCUCUGCCCAGGAGAGGUCCGUCAGAUUCUUCGACGCUCCGCAACUCGAAGAGGAGUACGCCAACACACCGGGACACAGGCCGGUGAAGCCUUCGGGUGAUCGAAACCCGGAGGCCGAGUACGACACGAAGAGGUAUCCGUUUAACGGGGUCUUUCCGGGCCCCCUUGACAUCGACACGUUUUUUACAACACCCGGGGAUUUUGGUGGGACGACGAAUUCCAGCGAUGUUCCUGGUCCCCCGAAGGUCUUGACUCGGUCUCUGUCGAACGAGAGCGAGCCUUUCGAGGGAUACGAGGAGAAGGAACUGACCGUCGAUAUCCAGUCGCAGCCUUCCUCGAUCAGCAAACUAUCGAGGACCAUAUCGGACGAGUCUCUGCCGGGAGAAAUGUCUGGAAUCAACGAUUCGCAUGGCGAAAAUACCACUUCCAAGAAGUUGAGAAUUGGUGACACAGGGUCGAACUCAAGGGACUCGAAAACCCCACCACCCAGUCCGGAGCCGAAAAUAAAAGUGGAGAUCUUUGACGACGACGAUUUACCCGGAGUCAGACCCACCAGCCUUAAGAUCUCGAGGGAAGACGAGGGUGACAGUAACCUCAGUUCCAUGACGCCAAGCCUCACCGAACUCGAGGCUGCACUCUCCGACAUGCUCGAGAAGGCAGACCUGGACGAACCUCGUCCUGGCAUCAGUGACGACGAUCACGUCGAGGAUUCCGCGAACUCGAAUCUGCGGCAUUUCGAGGUAGUCGGCGACUCGACCGACGACAAGCCUGUCGAGCCGAAAAUUUUGCCAAAGCCGAUCGAGGGUGAGGUCGACCUGGGACCGGGUGAGGAAAGUGAUCUAUUCGUUCCUCGACAACGAAAGAACAACGGGAAGAUCAGCUUGGGCCAGAUCUUGACUGACGGAGGGAGUCAGGUGACGAGUGAAAAGGUGUCUGGUAAGGUGGAGUCCGAAUCCCCGGCUGGCAAAUCUUCUCCGCGACGAAAAAUGGCCGUCACUCCGAGUAAAAACCCCUUCGAAGAGUCCGACGAGGAUCAGGAAGACGACGUAUCCGAGGCUUCGAAGAUCCCCCAGCCCGGCACUCACCCUGUAAACCCUUUCGACACUGAACCGCCGGAAAAGCCAAGCCGACUGCAUAAGAUUGCCUUGGAUCAGAGCAGCCCCGAGCCUGCUGACCUUCCGACGCCACCCCAACGGAAAAACAAGCAUGGCGCUUCCAGCCCAACGACAAAAACUUCCCCAAAUCACGCGGACAGCGAGUUUCCCAUCAGAGAUUCAGCCCCGCAUCCUAAUGACAGGUUAAUUUGAUACCAAGAGCUUAGAUUUUCGUCGAUACUUCCAUCAACUUCCAUCCAAUUAAAUUUCGAUAAGCUUUCUUGUAACUACACACUACUGCAGGUAAAGGACCCCGCAGAAUCCUUAUCGAAAUUGGACCCCCGUUGGAUUGGCUGGAUUUUUUGUAUGUUACAGUACAUAUCCUCCUGGUCAAAAGUUCUCACGGACAUAAGUCCCAGAGAUCAGCUGUUUCCGAGACAGGCUUCCUAAGGGGGGUGUGUGAAUUUUUUUUUAUAUCUAUGGGUUACAAGAUUACACAUGCAUACUCACAAUCCAGCCAAUUCGACUGGGAGCCAAUUUCCAUAAGGAUUCUGCGGGGUCCUUUAUGGCGACUUCGUCUAAUAGUCCAGAAUUUCUCCGUAACGUCAAGCUGUAAUUUUAUUGUAACAUAGUGUAUAGAGGAGGCCAUACUAGGCCAAGGUAAGGUGCUUUAAUAUUCUGAGCAGUAGAAUGUCAGAAUACUUGAUGUAAUACAUGUAUAAUAAAAAUGUAAUGUAAUAC